AUGACCACCACCACCACCACCACCAACAUGGCCUCCACCGACAACUUCCCUAAAUCCCUCUACUACGUCUAUGUGCGCCUCGCCCGCCCCGCCGAGCUCCCCAACCUCAACUGCGGCCGCUACCUCCUAACCUGCGCCUCGCGCUACCACGCUGAGGACUUCUUCCGCGCGAACCAGAAGCGCCUCGGCCUCGCGCGCAUCUCCCCACAGAUGUGGACCUACAACGUCGGCGGCGAGAUGGGGCUGCACUCUGUCCUGAAGGACGAAUCACUACCGUUCGAGACGAAGGAGCCCAUCAUCAUGUCGUGGCUGCAGAACGGAGACAUCAGGAUAGCAUGGCCGCUUGCAGCGCCGCUGGCGGGCAGGGAGUGGAUCAGUGGGCACGCGUACUAUGUGAGGAAUAUUAGGCAGCCGGAGGUGUACUGGUAUCUUCCAAGGGCGGGGCGGGAGGUUGUGCCGUCCAGGGAGCGGAAGACGAGGUUCGUGAUGACGGCUGUGGAGGCGGUGGGGGAGGGGCCGCUGUAUCUCGUAAGGUCGGAUCGUGUAAGGAUGACGACACAAGGGGUGGGAGGGGAACAGGUGGUGCUGAGGAGGGGGGUGGUCGCGGGGAUGGGAGGACAGGUGGUGUGUGGAGUGGCGGAGGCGGGGGUGGUGGGGACGGGGAUGGAGUUUACGUUUGGGGAUUUGUUGGGAGGGUUUGGGACGGAGUGGGCGGAGUCGGAUGAGGAAUUUGUGACGUGGGUGCAGAGAGGAGGCCUGAGGGGUGAUGAUUGGGAGCUUUGUUAG